AUGUUCACGGCUUCUGCUCGAAGCCGUCUCUCCACCACUCUCACACGGCCUCGUCUUGCUCCUACAAACUCUCUCCUUGCGCGCUCUGCUGCAGCUCCCAUCAUGGCUCCUCGUCGCAAGGCUUCCUCAGUCCCUGAGGGAUACGUAGAAGAUCUCUCCAAGGGCAAGAUGCUCCGAUUUGAAGAAUCACUCCCCCGCUUGCCGGUCCCCUCAUUAGAAGAAACCGGCCGCCGUUACCUUAAAUCCGUCCACGCCGUGGUUUCUGAGGCCGAGUACGAGCGCACCAAGAAGGCCGUCGAGGCCUUUAUCCGUCCCGGUGGUGAGGGUCAGCCUCUGCAGGAAAGACUGCUGGCCCGCGCCGCCGAUCCCAAGAUCAAGAACUGGCUCACGGAAUGGUGGAACCACGCCGCCUACCUGGGCUACCGGGACCCCGUCAUUCCCUACGUCUCCUACUUCUACUCAUACAGGGACGACCGUGCCCGGCGGAACCCCGUCAAGCGUGCGGCGUCCAUCACUACCGCCGCCCUCGAGUUCAAGCGCCAGGUGGACGAUGGCUCCCUGGAGCCCGAGUACAUGCGCAAGCUUCCCAUAGCCAUGAGCUCGUACGAGUACAUGUUCAACUGCUGCCGUAUCCCCGCCGAAGGCGCCGACUACCCCCAGAAGUACCCCGCCAAGGAAAACGAACACAUUGUGGUUGUGCGCAAGAACCAGUUCUUCAAGGUGCCCCUUGUUGUCAACGGGGAGCGUCUCAACGUCUCCGAGCUGGAGAAGCAGUUCGAGCGCAUCUAUCAGAUCGCGCAGCGUGCUCCCCCUGUCGGCGUUCUGACGGUCGCCAACCGUGACCUGUGGGCCGAUGCUCGGAAGAAGCUGCUGGCAGCCAACCCCGCCAACGAGCAGGCUCUGCGCGACAUCGAGUCCAGCGGCUUCGUCGUCUGCCUCGACGAUGCCACCCCCGUGACCCUGGAGGAGCGGGCUCACCAGUACUGGCACGGCGAUGGCACCAACCGCUGGUUCGACAAGCCCCUCCAGUUCAUCAUCAAUGACAACGGCACUGCCGGUUUCAUGGGUGAGCACAGCAUGAUGGACGGCAGCCCCACCCACCGCCUGAACGAUCACCUCAACAACCUCAUUUUCAACAACAAGAUCGACCUCUCCGAGAAGUCUGUGCGCUCCAACCUGCCCGACCCCCGCCCCAUCGAGUUCCACCUGAACUCGGAGGUGCUCGAGGCCAUUGACGCGGCCUCCAAGGAGCACCGCCAGCAGAUGUCCGCUCACGAGCUCAAGGUUCAAGCCUACCAGGGGUACGGCAAGGGUCUCAUCAAGAAGUUCAAGUGCAGCCCCGACGCCUUUGUGCAGAUGGUCAUCCAGCUGGCGUACUUCAAGAUGUACGGCAAGAACCGCCCCACAUACGAGUCGGCCUCGACCCGCAAGUUCCAGGAGGGUCGUACCGAGACCAUCCGUACCGUCUCGGACGAGAGCGUGGCUUUCUGCAAGGCCCACGCCGACCCCUCCGUCCCCCGCGAGGAGGUCGUGCGCCUCUUCCGCGCGGCCCUUGCGGCUCACUCCAAGUACACCGCCCUGGCCGGCGAUGGUAUGGGUGUUGACCGUCAUCUGUUCGGUCUGAAGAAGCUCCUGCGCGAGGGCGAGAAGCUCCCCGCUCUGUACGAGGAUCCCGCCUACGCCUACAGCGGCUCGUGGUACCUGUCGACCAGCCAGCUGAGCUCGGAGUUCUUCAAUGGCUACGGAUGGAGCCAGGUCAUCGACGAUGGAUUCGGAAUUGCUUAUAUGAUCAACGAGAACAGCCUCAACUUCAACAUUGUCUGCAAGCGCCUUGGAGCGGAGCGGAUGAGCUACUACCUCAGCGAGGCGGCAUCGGACUUGAGGGAACUGCUGAUGCCUGACCUGCUGGCCGAGAGCGAGAAGGCCAAGCUGUAA